AUGGCACUGGGAUGGACUGAUAUUGGCAGGCGCAAGAUAUUGAAAUACUUGAAUACGAGUACAACAUUCAGGAUAUUUCGUCGUGACAUCGACCCCGAAAAUUAUAAGUUCGGCACCAACUUAUCCACGAUCAUGGAGCACAAUCAGACGAACGUGCUGCCCUCACCGGUGGGUCACCGAUGCGCUGUGGUAGGCAACUCAGGCAUCCUUCUAUCAAGCCUCUGCGGGCGUGAGGUCGAUGACCACGACUUCGUUUUCCGAUUGAACCUUGCCCCGGUCGACGGUGAGUUCUCCAGAGAUGUCGGAUCCAAAGUCGACCUCAUCACCGUGAAUCGGAUGCAGCUUCUCGCGCUGGCGAAACUCUCGAAAGACUUGAAUACAACGGUGCAAGGAUGGAUGUACAUUAAUAGAUUGAAUAAUACUGUCACCGACAGCAGUAUCGUCUGGUUUCCUAAAGGUUUUCCAGAGAAAUUGAGUCAAAUAGCUGUUUCCUUCAGAGAUACUCUACAACUCCAACCUGCAUGGGCGUACAGCCCUGAAUCGUUAAUGUACCUCGCAUCGAAGUAAGAAACAGUUCUCAAUUUAGCAUAAUGUACACGUGCAUG